AUGGAGUUGUCAGACGCCCUGGAGGACUCAGUCCGAAGGCAGACAACACACAGCCUUUACUUCAUCUACACCGCUGCUCGGUCUUCUGGUGCUUCAAAGCUAUGCCCAGAUCUCACAUUCACCCUCCCUUUGAUCGAGGCUGCGCAUAACGACUUUUUGGGUCCCUCCAACUACAUCGCACUUCUUCCUUCGUUCCGCCCAAGCACCGUCUACUAUCGAGAGCUAUGGAGUAAUCUCAAGCGUGCGACGACGCCUCCCCCAUCGGACAGAGUCGACCUCACGCCCCCGCAAACACCAGGAGCUCCACAAGAUGCUCUCCCCAGGACUCUCAUUCCCCCUUCGCCAGGAGGUCCCCGCCUCGCCUCGCUGAAUGCUAGCUUCAAGGACACGACUAGGCUCCACGCUCCACCUUUAGGUGGUAAGCGGAGCCAGACAGCUGGCGUUAGAAAGGCGACAAGCAAGGGUCUGAGGAACAAGAGCAGCUUGGGCAAGUCCUUUGAAGCUAUUGCUGAGAGCAAGAAGACGACCAAUCUCAUGGAUCUGCCCGGCGAACUUCGCAACCUCAUAUACUCCUACAGCGCCGGCAAUUCCCGUCAGGCGCUCUUGGUACAUCGCCCUCGCAUCGCAUCGCUUCGUCCUCGCACUCGACUAGACCGACAUCGUACACUCGAAUCAGAUGUACUAGAGCAAAAGCAUGACGAGGCACUCGCUACUGCUACGAGCAAGCACAUGCCAAAGACGGUGCUUCUUGCGCGCGAGACCAACCGCCCAUUCUUCGGCCUCACUCAGGUCUGCCGUCAGCUUCGCCAGGAGUUCAGACCUCUGUAUAUGCAGAGUCAAGAGAUCGGUAUGGAUCUUGUCGAAGUUGCCUCGUAUCUCAGCACAUUCUACCCUGGGGUUGCUGAUCACCUUAAGGUCCUAUCGACGUCUGGAGACAGGAAAAUCGAUAUGCCCUUCACGGGAAAUAUGACGAUUGCUGUUGGCGACAGGGUCAAACAAAUUGAGAGAUCUGCGGACGGGAUCGACGUUGGACCGCUGCUUGAUGUAUGGGCGAACUCUUUCAAGAUUGAGGCAGGAUUUGGGCGCUACAUGCAAGUGCACUACGAUGCUACCUCAGAUGGUGAGGCCAAAGACCUAUACCGUCUCUUUGGACGUCGCGUCCAGCAAGACCGACGUUGCUCCGUGAUGAACUACCUUUGGCGCAACAUCCUUCGCACGCGCUCUCUGGCAUCUGUGCAUAUCCACCGUCGUCCAGCAGCCCCAGCACCUGCCUAUUUUCCGGUUUCCAGCUCUCAGACGGUGCGCUUCCGCCCCCUCCAUAUGGUAUCCGUGGAGCCUCGCCCAUAUAUCCAUGUUCUGUUCAAGCCGGAAUGCGCAGAGACUUGGAUGACGAAGCUUGACUCCCAGAUACCUUACGGUUGGCUUGCUGCACAUGGAUUCGAUGCCAUGGAGUACUUCGAUGUCAAGGUCGGCGUUGCUUCAUCUCGCAAGUAAGAGCUCUGAUCACCGAGAGCGACUUUGGUGCCACGCUCUUGUCUGGUAUAUCAACGUUGUGAUCCUUUUGACGUUCACAAAAGCACGCCCCACCAGCCGGCCGUUGACAUCACCAACUUCUUGACUGCAUUAUCUCAUCUAUACGAGCGCAUUUGAGCCACGGAGGUCUUCCAGUAUCUUUGCAUUUUCCUUUGCUGAUGUCCACUGGCUUGACAUAUUUCGGUAUUGCGUUGCUGAAGGAUAUUAUUGAACCUUCAGAUCAGAUCUCUUAGCCCUGCAGGCUUUAUCAAUUACAUCUCCUUUUCUUUGCAUAUCGUUCCUCCAAAGGCUGGUCCCAUACUCGUGAAAUUUAAAUUCAAUAACGUGUAUCAAGGUACAAGGAUGGGCUGAGAUUAGAGACUGGAG